CAUGUGAUAAUAUGGACUAGUGCGUCCUGUGUUUCGAAUUUAGUAUUCUGUGUUGAUAAAUUUCGAAAGGGUUGAAAUCGGCUUACCGUGUUACUGGAAUAACGGUUGUUUAAAACAAGAAUGGUAUAAUACGGCAAAAUUUUAGAAGUUUUGUUACUCAAGAAUCUGCAGAAAUUACAAAAUUCUCGACUUAAGAUUUGCUUGCAUAAAUUUAUAACCGUAAUGGGAUGUGGAUCGUCCAAAGCAGUAGCAAUAGAAGAACCAAAUUCUACUGUGCUGCCCCCUGCUGAGCCGACAAAAACAGUUCCUCCACCAGUAGCGUUUGAAGUGCCUUUAGAAGAAGAGAGUAUUAUCAAGAAGCACCCACCUAAACGAUUACAGCGCCUGGAAGAAAUCCAACAAAAAGUACUCACGGUUGAUGAGAUUGAGGAAAAACAGAAGAAGGCCUUAGAAAGAAGGGAAGAGGUACUGCAGGAAAAGAUUCGAAGUUCGCAGAAGAUGCAGAGAGCACUUGAAAGACCAACGGCUAACUUGGAAAAUGGAAUUGAAAAGUGGUUUGAUGUGAGCAUCUCUGUUGAACUUGGUGGGUUUGAUGUGAGCGUCUCUGUUGAACUUGGUGGAUUUGAUGCGAGCGUCUCUGUUGAACUUGGUGGAUUUGAUGUGAGCGUCUCUGUUGAACUUGGUGGGUUUGAUGUGAACGUCUCUGUUGAACUUGGUGGGUUUGAUGUGAGCAUCUCUGUUGAACUUGGUGGAUUUGAUGCUGUUGCUGUUGCAAACCCAAAGCUCAGCUUACUUUGCUU